AUGAGAUUGAGUACACUCCCCCGGGCUUCCGCCUGGGCUCAAUGCCAGGGCAUUUCAAGGCGGACUACCAAGAUUCCGAGACAAUUGGGUUCUCGGCCAUCUCUAGCCCAAGUAUCCAAGGUUUUGAGUCAGCCAUGGCACAACAGCCAGCGAGCUGUUGAGUUCCACGAAGCGAAGCAGAGACCCUUACCUUUGGUAGCGGAUGGUGCGGCAUCACCACCUCCAACACCAGCCCCAUACAGGCCACCCGAGAAUGGAAUUCUUUCCAAACUUCCAGCCUCAUGGGUUCCCUAUGCUGAACUCAUACGCCUUGACAAGCCUGCCGGAACCUACUAUCUCUUCUUCCCAUGCCUGUUCUCUACACUCAUGGCCGCUCCAAUGAUGGCGCCCAUGGCAACACCAGGAUCUGUCAUCGGCACCUCACUCCUUUUCUUCUCAGGAGCUCUCAUCAUGCGAGGAGCAGGAUGUACCAUCAAUGACCUCUGGGACCGAAACCUCGAUCCUCAUGUUGCACGGACUCGACUUCGACCAAUCGCCCGCGGUGCGAUCACUCCGUUCAAAGGGCUUGUCUAUACCGGAGUCCAGCUUUUUGCAGGCCUAGGGAUUUUGCUUCAAUUCCCUCUCCCCUGUCUAUUCUACGGCGUCCCCAGCUUGCUCUUGGUUGCGAGUUACCCCCUGGCCAAGAGAGUGACAUACUACCCCCAGGCUGUUCUCGGACUAACCUUCUCAUGGGGCGCCAUCAUGGGUUUCCCAGCCCUUGGAAUUGACCUGUUGUCAAACACCCCCGCAUUGACUGCCGCCGCCUGCCUCUACGCCUCGAACAUUGCAUGGACGGUGCUGUACGACAUGAUUUAUGCUCACAUGGACAUCAAGGAUGAUGUCAAGGCAGGAAUCAAGAGCAUUGCCUUGAAGCACGACGCUGAGACCAAGCAAGUGUUGACGGGCUUGGCGGCCACGCAGAUUUCUCUGCUCGCCGCGGCUGGUUUUGCAGCUGGUGCUGGACCAGCAUUCUUCAUUGGAAGCUGUGGAGGAGCAAUGGUCACACUUGGCGUCAUGAUCAAGCGAGUCAACCUCAAGAGUGUCAAGGAUUGCUGGUGGUGGUUCAUCAAUGGGUGCUGGAUCACAGGAGGCGUGAUAAGUCUCGGCUUGGCUGCAGACUACGCAGUCAGGUACGUCCAAGAGCCUGAAGACAAUACCAAGACGGAGCAGUGA